AGUCGAGCACAUCCGCAGGGAGACACUCAAGAAUCUGGAAAAGGACAGUUGUGGGAAGGAAUGACCCUGAGGGACGACCCAAACUCUUCUAAAUUGAUGGGACAUUUACAUGGCCUUUAAGGGCAGAAUCGCGGGGACUAAGACUGUCCUCUUAAAUUUGCUGCAAUGUUUGUUGGUAUUCUACGCCCUGUACUACAUGAUCGGAAGCAUCUUCUUUGGUGCAUUCAGACUUGAUUCAUUCGAUGGGUUGAUUCCAUUUGACUUUAAAACACAAGCAGCACAUUCUAGCUCUAAGUACCUGGUGAAUCUGCUGUCCAUGGAACUUACAUAUUUUACCAGUGGCCUGCUGUUUGCAGCAAUAGUUAAGAAGUGGGUUUGGGACUAUUCAAUCACAGUUACACUCAUCCACAUCAUACUGAGCUCAGCAGUGAUGGCUGAGUUUCCUUUGGCGUGGCAGUGGUGGUUGGCUUUGGGUGCUGGCUUGUUGAUGAUGAUCUGUAAUGGUCAGCUAGUUGCACACUUUAUUUGCCAGAAUAAGCAUGGUUACUCUUCAAAUAACCUCUGAGAGAGAACAGAUCAAACAUGGUUGCAGAGAUCAGAGUUAAGGAGAACUCUCCUGGUUGUGCAACCUGAUAACACAAAAAACAUUAGUUUUAGUGGGAAAAUAAAUUGCACUCUUCAUCAGAAAUAAUCGGUAUUAAAUGCUUAAAAUGCAGAGCCUGCAUUUUAGAAGUGAGAUGGUUUACCAGAGGUCUAAUUUUAAUACAAAAAUUAAGAGAAUCAUGAACAGCUUACAAAAGAGACUCAUAUAAUUUUAAAACUGGAUCCUUUGAAGUUUGCUUGUUGUUGCUUUGUAAAGGUGAUUUCAUUGAAAGUGACAAGCAUGGAGGUAAUUUUGAUUUCAUCCAAUUCAGUGUGUAGUAGGUCUGGUUGAAAAACAUGGUAUCUAACCUGCCCUGCACAUGAAUAGAAUUGCUACAGCAGUGUUAUGUCAAGGAGAAAUUGGAACGUUGUAAAAAUGUGUUCCUAUCAGGUCUGCAUGUGUGUGGUGUAACUGUACAGCACUGUAGUAAAAGAUAAUAUAAAUCUGUUAGUGUUGAAUAAGGUAUUUGCUAGUAUGUUAGAAUUCAAAUGAGUUUAGUUUUACUGUAUAAACCACCCCCCCCAAGUCAACAAUUUAUUAAAAUGGUCCUAAUUUAA